AGAUUUCUUUGAAAGAAAAAGCUUUCAGAAGAUGGCAAAAUAUCUUUCUAUACGGUAUACUUUGGUUUUAUAUUUUAUGUGCUAUACAAAUUUGGAGUACGUUUCCUCUCUUUUGUUUCACAACCAUGUUAAUAGCACACAGACCGAAAACAGUUUAGUCUCCACAGAUUCGGCUACGAUACAUCAUCUUCUUGACAAGCAGAUAUCUUACUUGGAGAAAGCAAUGCAACUUCUGGCAGAAAAAGUUACAGAUCUGGAAAAGAAUCGCUCUGAUACUGACACUGAAAUGGUAAAUUUAAAACAAACACUAAGAGCCACUGAAAAAAGACUAUUAUUAACUGAAAAACAGAAUGCAGAACUAUCUCAGAAAUUAAUAGUACUUGAAGACGUGUGUAACAAUACGAGGGGCAAUAAUCAGACUUCAAAUAUUCUGGAAGAGAGACUGAAAAAAAUUGAAAGUGACGUUAGCAACACCGUGAUACUGACGCGAACCUUGGCUGUUAACGGUGAAAGAUAUAGAAACAGAACACUGAAUACAGAACAAAAUGUGUCAACUUUGAAAGAUGAACUUCGAAACAUUCAUUUAUUCUUAAUGGAAGCAAGCUCCAAAUCAGAAAAACUUAAUUCGACUUUGGAAUGGCAUAUAAACAGUACUUCUCUGCAAAUUCAACAAGUAUUAGAUGAAAAUAAAUACGCAAACAACACGAUAAAGCAAAUGGUAUCAGACAUUCGCCAGGGCAACCUUGUCUCACACAAAUUCACAAAUUCAAUCAAUAAGUUGGAAUCGAAUGUUCAAGAGAUUAACAGAAAAGUGGCAUUUACAGCUGGAGCAACAACUGGAAACUCCUGGUCGCGUUAUAUUCUGAGGUUUAAUACGCUAAUUUAUUCAGUUGGGGGAGGAUAUGACACAUCUUCUGGUGUUUUUACCUCCCCUGUCAAUGGACUAUUUGUAUUUCAUGUUGCUGCAGUCUCGUCAAGUACCGAAACGCUUCUUUUGGACAUUAUGUUAAACGGUGUGAGGAAAGUAAGAGCAUUAUCCUAUUAUAAAUCUUCUUACAUGUACUAUCAAACCGGAACAAAUGUUGUUGUUUUACAGCUAACGACCGGAGACAGGGUUUAUGUAACAAGACCUUCCUAUAGCGGCAAUCAUUAUGAUGUGUCCAGUGAAUCUCCGUAUGUUACAUUUAGUGGAUUUUUGAUAUGAUUAAGAUUCAUCAAGAUAUACUGUUAUGAUAUAAAAUAUACGAACAAAAUUAAUCUACACAGAAUAAUCAAACUUAAUAUCGAAAACAGGCGUAUCAGAUCAAUGAUUAUAGAGUUUUUUUUAAAGAUUUUAAACAAGCAAAGACCAUCUUAUUUGCAAGAAUUUAUUAAGCACUGAAUUCAUAUUUUUGGAUAUCGUGGGUCCUAUAACACACCUGGCCGU